AUAUCUUCGAUGCAUCGAUGUUUUUCCGACAUAACUAAUUUGGGAUUUUGAUGCGUGUUUCCAGCUAAGUGGCUUCUUAUAAAUAAACAUACAUAAUGAAAGUGAAAAUGAUUAGCAGGAAUCCGGACCAAUAUGUUCGUGAAACCAAAUUACAAAAUCAUAGAAUGCCGCGAAACUUCGAUCCUGAGCUACAUCCAUUGGAGACUACUCGCGAAUAUGUGCGGGCAUUGAAUGCCACCAAAUUGGAGCGUGUUUUCGCCAAACCAUUUGUUGGUAAUUUAAGCGGGCAUCGGGAUGGUGUUGCAUGCUUUGCAAAGCACCCUAAACAACUCUCAGUCCUUGCUACUGGCGCCUACGAUGGCGAAAUUAGAAUUUGGGAUUUAGCGAAUCGUACAAGUGUGCGAGAUUUCGUUGCCCACAAUGGUUUUGUUCGAGGUAUUGUGUACACUGUUCACGGAGAUCGUUUUUUCACAGUGGGUGAUGAUAAAACCAUUAAAGUAUGGAAAGCCAACCCCCCAGAUGUGGGUGAAGACGAAGAACCGGUUAAUACGAUUUUGUCACGUACAAUUCUCACAGGAAUAUCACAUCAUAGAAGUGAUCAAACUUACGCCACCUGUGGAGAAGUUUGUGCAAUUUGGGAUGAAAAUCGAAAUGAUCCGUUAAAAACGCUUCAGUGGGGUGUAGACACAUUGCAUGCAGUCGCUUUUAACCAGGUUGAGACGUCUCUAAUUUCGUGUUGUGCCAGCGAUAGAAGCAUAAUAUUGUAUGACCAGCGUGAAUCUCAGCCACUGAGGANGGUUGACACGAACUCUUACAGUCUUUAUACGUUCGACACCCGUCAGCUGCGCAACCCACUGAAAAUUCACUUUGAUCAUGUUUCUGCGGUAACAGAUGUUGACUACUCCCCUACUGGCAAAGAAUUCGUUUCGGGAAGCUAUGACAAAACAAUACGUAUAUACAAUGUGCACCACAGUCAUUCGCGCGAGAUUUAUCAUACAAAACGUAUGCAACAUGUUGUAUGCGUUGGUUGGUCUCUAGACAAUCGUUAUAUAUUCUCCGGGUCGGAUGAAAUGAACAUUAGAAUGUGGAAAUCGAAUGCAUCGGAAAAACUGGGCGUAAUAAGACCACGUGAGCGCGUUGCUUUCAAUUAUCAGGAGAAAUUAAAGGAAAAGUUUGCGGCUCAUCCUCAAAUAAAGCGUAUUGCACGGCAUCGUCAAGUGCCGAAACACGUGUUGAAUGCUCAACGCAAAAUGCGCGCUAUUAAGAACAAAGAGAAGGUGAAGGAAGCGAACGUUCGCAAACACUCAAAACCGGGAAAAGUGCCCUUCGUAUCAGAAAAGAAUAAGCAUGUCUUGCGAGAAGAAGAAUAAACGUCGAUAUUUGUAUUGUGCUAUUUAUUUUCCAUGGAUAAUGGCACAUACAAAGAUUUAAAUUGUAACUCACUUUAUAAACUCUGUUUUCGUAAUACAAAGAAAUAAAAGUAAUCUGUUAUUUAAA